GCGCGGAGGACGCCCCUCCCGGCGCGGGGACCCGGCGCUACGCGCGGCGCGCGAGAGCCGGUGGGCCUCAGUCCUCUGCACUGGCGGUGGGGUCCCGGGCCGGGCAGGUGUGCGGCCAUGGCGUCCUCGGAGCCCGGCGACGUGCUGAUCCUCGGCAGUGGACUCAUUGGGCGAAGCUGGGCUAUGUUGUUUGCCAGUGGAGGCUUCAAGGUGAAACUCUAUGAUAUUGAGCAACAGCAGGUAACAAAUGCCUUGGAAACCAUCAGGAAAGAGAUGAAGAUUCUGGAGCAGUCAGGUUCUCUGAGAGGCUCCCUGAGUUCUGAAGAACAGCUGUCACUCAUCAGUGGUUGUUCAAAUAUUCAAGCGGCAGUAGAGGGCGCUGGGCACAUUCAGGAAUGUGUUCCAGAAAACCUAGAGCUGAAGAAGAAGAUUUUUGCUCAGUUAGAUCAAAUUGUCGACGAUAAAGUUGUCUUAAGCAGCUCCACCUCUUGCCUCCUGCCUUCUAAGCUGUUUGCUGGCCUGGCGCACGUGAAGCAGUGCCUUGUUGUCCAUCCGGUAAACCCACCGUACUACGUGCCAUUGGUUGAGCUGGUCCCACACCCGGAGACGGCUCCUGCGACAAUGGACAGAACCUACGCCCUGAUGCAGAAGAUUGGACAGUCCCCAGUCAGAAUCAUGAAGGAGAUUGAAGGCUUUGCCCUGAAUCGCCUUCAGUAUGCCAUCAUCGGUGAGGCCUGGCGGCUCGUGGAGGAAGGAAUAGUUUCUCCGAGUGACCUUGACCUUGUCAUGUCAGAUGGCCUGGGCAUGCGGUAUGCAUUCAUCGGACCCUUAGAAACUAUGCAUCUCAAUGCAGAAGGUAUGUUAAACUACUGUGACAGAUACAGGGAAGGCAUGAAACGUGUCCUGAAGACUUUUGGGCCCAUUCCAGACUUUUCCAGGGCCACCACUGAAAAAGUUAACCAGGCCAUGUGUGUGAAUGUUCCUGAUGACCCAGAGCACUUAGGCGCCAGAAGGCAGUGGAGGGACGAGUGUCUCCUGAGACUGGCCAAGUUGAAGAGGCAGAUGCAGUCCCAGUAAAGCUUCCUGCUGAGCUCCCAUCCUUCGUUAUUGGGAGUCCUCGUUGGGAGAAUCACAAGCACUUAAUUGAACCUGGAGGCCAGGUGGUCUUCAUGCAGAUUCAAUGGUGGGGCCACAGCGGUGGGGCUGAGAGGUCCUCUGAUCACUCCCUGGCCUUGGGUGUCACAGCUGCACUGGAAUCUGAGGGCUGUUGGCUCCCUGCAACUUGGGCAAGCAAGAGAACAAAUCGUCUGAAGAUUUUCACCUUUUAUUUUUAGAGAUUCCAUACAGCGGCAUUUUAUAGCCAAUGAUUGUGGUUUCAAGUUUAUUUUAAUCUGUAGCAAAGUUUUGUAAUGAUUUUCUAAUCUCUUUCUGAGUACUCUGUGGCCCUGCAUUAUGAGGCACCUACCUUCAUUUUGCUAAUGCUUAUUCUGAAUAAAAGUCUUUCCUUGCAUAAA